UUAACCUUUUGUGCAUUAUGAUAAAAUCAAGUAGGAAACAGUUAGGCUAAUUGUUGCAUUAAUAUAGGCUAUGGGUGCAAACUCGGCUUUCUGCUUCUGCGUGUUGUCCUUCUGCCUGUCAUUGCAUUAGAGCCAGCUAAAUUUGGUUAGGACCUGGCUGAGCUGUGUGCAGAGAGGAAAUCUCCCCCAUCUACCGGCAAUGUGUUGAUAUCAGGGCGGGCUUACGCUGCGACGCACAGUGUGGUCGGUCGGUAUAAACUCGAUUGUGUGCGCAUCAUCAUCUCCGCUCCAGCCCCAGCAUCUCUCUCCUCCAUCCAUCCAUCCACAAAAGACUCUCCUGUCCUGCCUGUCAUUGCCUGUCCUGCCUAUCUCUCCAGCCUUCAUAAUGACCUUCUAAUUGAAUAGUGUGUGUUGUUGUUGUUUUUGUCCGCUGUGGCUGCGCUUAUUGCUGCUGACGUGAAGGGAAACGGAUAGGCUACCUGUGCUGCAUUGGCAUCACCGCAGAGUGUUUUGGGUGACAGCACGUCCAUACAUUUGGGGGUUUUGUGCCUGUGACAUCUACCAUGGCGAAAACAGUCACAUCGUCCAGUCCAAUAACAGGUGUAAAGAUGGCACCACCGUCCAUCACUCUACUUCCUGACAAGAGAUCUCCGACAAAUGGUCACAGCUCUCCAGCCCGAGCUGGAAAAACUACUCCAUCUAACACAGAGAAGAAGCCACAAAUAAAUGGACACGCAUCCCCUUCACACUUAGCAGCUAACAUCACUAACAACAAUGCAGGUAAACAAAAUGUGGAGGGUUAUAUGAAGACGGACGACAGGAUGCGAUUAGCCAAAGAGAGACGUGAGGAGAGGGAGAAAAGCCUCGCGGCCCGAGAGCAGCUGAUCAGGGAGAAGGAGCGCAGAGCUCGGCUGCAGUACGAACGCACAGUGGAGGAACGCUGGAGGCGGCUGGAGGAGCAGAGGCAGAAAGAGGAGCUCCGCAGAAAUGCAGUGGGAGAGAAGAGGAGGCACCAGCUCGAGGAGGACAGGGAGCGACUUGAGGCUCUGAUGAAACGCUCUCUGGAGCGAAGCCUUCAGCUGGAGCAGAGGACCAAACGCUGGAGCAGAGGCUGCUCUACAGGACCAGGUGACAGUGAGAAUGCCCCACUCCCUUUCUCUGCUGCCUCCGCCUUUUCCCAUGGCAUUGCCUCCCCCCUUCCUGCUGUCAGCGAAUCUGCACCCUGCAGCCCUCACAGGUCACCUUUCCGCGGCUCGCUAAACCCUGCGGAUCACAACAGAGCUGGACUUCAGGGUGGCUCUCAGUCCACUCCCAAUACCCCUAAGAAAGAGCGGCUGCGCAGGGAGAGAAGAACUGCAUCUCCAGGUUGUGGAUCCCCUGUGAGAAGAUCGGAAUCCCCUGCAAGUGUCACAAGGCACUUGGCUUCCCCUUCUACUUCUAAGCUGGCAUCUAAAAUGCGUGCCCAGUCUCCCAGCAAUGCACAUCAGUACCAUAACUCUCCUACAAGACAUCGUCCAAACCUGUCACCUGAUGAUAGGAAAGCAGAAGACAAGAAGGUGGAGAAACCCAGUGAACAAUCCAAAGCAGAGAAAAAGAAUACCGACAUCAACAGCACAAAUCCAUCUUCACAAGAUGAGAAGAAUGUGGUCAACACUGAAAUCAUUAAACCCAGAUCUUCUAAAGGUGAAACCUUGGAUAGACAUUUCAAAGGUGACACAUCUGAAAAAAAUCAGUCCCCUGACAGAAAGGACCACAUGUCCCCCAAAGUGGAUUCCUCAGAGAAGAAGACGCAGAGCAAUGCUCAGGAUGGAGACAAGAAAAAAGAAUCAGCACCAUGCUCGUCCACAGGGAAGGUAGCAGCUGGCACAACGAAUGCAGAGGAGGCUACCAGGUUGCUGGCAGAGCGUAGGCGUCAGGCUCGGGCUCAGAAAGAAGUGGAAAAGAAAAAGCGUGAACAAGAGGAAGAAGAACGACUAAGGAAAGAGCAGCUGAGGAAGCAACUCGCACAGGAGCAGCGACAACAGGAGGCAAAGGCUCAGCAAGUGAAGCAAAAUGGGAAAAAUGAGGAAGAUCUUCACAGGUUGAAACAAGAAGAAGACAAACAAAAGAAGGAGGAGCAGGAGCUACAGACCCAGAUGAACAAAGAGAGAGAAAAAGUCCAAGUCGAGGCUCAGGUCGACACAGCGCGUCAGCGGCAAGACAGAGAACUGCAGAAGCAACAAGAAGAAGAGGAGAGGCAACUGAGGAAAAAGAGAAUUGAAGAGAUCAUGAAGAGAACUAGGAAGGGUGAAGCUGACUUGAAGAAGGAGGAGCAGGUGGAGACAAAGCCAGUCUCACCACCAGGUGAAGUAAAGACUGUUCACACUAAUGAUCAGGUGAACGAGCAAGCAAUCCAAAAGGUUGAUUUUCAGGUUAAAGAGCAGGUCUCAGUCAACAUGAAGGAAUGUGCCGUGGUGAAGAAAGAAGCAGCAGCAGCACAGAUUGACAAUCAGAAGAGUUUGCAAGUGACAACAACACGCAGUGUUCCUGACAAGAGGCCGGACACCAAACACACCACUGAAGAGCAUGGCGGCCAUCUUACCAGAGAGGGAAAAGCCUGUAUCCUCAAGCAACAGGGAAGAGAGGAGGAAAUUAAUAUAAACAAGCAGCACAGAGCACAUGUUAAAGACCAAAUAAAUAAAGAGCUGACAAAGCCAACAGCAGAUGCCAAAGUCAACCAAAGGGAAGGUGGUAUGAUGAAUGGAGCAGUAAAGGGUGAAGUAAGCGCCUUGAAGAGAAGCCAUCUAACUGCUGAGGUAAACAAACAACAGAGCCUGCAUGUGUUUGCAGCUGCUAAAGGAGGGUCCCAGAUGGAGGUCAUUAGACCCUCGGUGGCACCCCUGCCAUUGGGACACCUUUCACCUCCAAUCAUCAAGCUGGCGCCACUAAAUGUGAAGGGUACAGGGUCUUGUGAUGAGGUGCAGUCCAUGGAGGUCAGCCCGGCUUCAAAGGAGGAACUGAUUUCCAUCCCAAAGUUCUCGCCAGUCAACGAAAUCCAUCACAGCAGUGUGAGUAACACCCGUGCUCUUGAAGACCUGAUGGACCUGACAGGCAGCUUCACCUACCCCAAACUGUCCUCUGGGGGCAACAAAGGCGACUGCAACAAGAACCUCAUUGAGGGUGUUGUUAGUCCCAUGUCAGACUCCAAACUCAUUGGGAUGUCCCCUCCAUCCUCAAAUAAACUUAGCAUCCAGUAG